CAGCGCUGACUGCUGCUGCUGCUGGAAGAGUCAAACCCAAAUGGCGACGUCCAGCCCAAGCAGUAACCCAGCGUCAGCCUCCAACAACCCAACGCAGCUCCACCCGGCCCAGAGCCAGCACAUCACCACCAUGAGCAGCAUGCAAGGUAAACGUAAAGCCCUGAAGUUAAAUUUUGCCAAUCCUCCAAUCAAAACCACUUCCAGAAUCACUUCCGGACUUCCUUUCCAGAACCCACACAUAGAGCGGCUGCGAACACACAGUAUCGAGUCGUCUGGGAAGCUGAAGAUCUCAGCGGAGCAGCACUGCGAUUUCACAGCAGAAGACCUGAAGGAUCUCGGCGAGAUCGGCAGAGGAGCGUAUGGCUCGGUCAACAAGAUGGCGCACAAACCCAGUGGACAAAUCAUGGCCGUCAAGAGGAUUCGUUCAACAGUAGACGAGCGAGAACAGAAGCAGCUGCUGAUGGAUCUGGAUGUGGUCAUGAGGAGCAGCGACUGUCCGUACAUCGUCCAGUUUUACGGGGCUCUUUUCAGAGAGGGGGAUUGCUGGAUAUGCAUGGAGCUCAUGUCUACCUCCUUCGACAAAUUCUACAAAUAUGUUUAUUCCUCUUUAGACGAAGUGAUUCCAGAGGAGAUUUUAGGGAAAAUAACAUUAGCUACUGUGAAAGCACUUAACCACUUAAAAGAAAACUUGAAAAUUAUUCACAGAGACAUAAAGCCAUCAAAUAUCCUCCUGGACAGGAAAGGCAACAUUAAACUGUGUGAUUUUGGCAUCAGUGGGCAGCUGGUUGACUCCAUCGCCAAAACCAGAGACGCAGGCUGCAGACCGUAUAUGGCACCGGAGAGGAUAGACCCCAGCGCCUCCAGACAGGGUUAUGACGUGCGCUCGGAUGUGUGGAGUUUGGGCAUCACACUGUAUGAGCUGGCCACGGGACGCUUCCCCUACCCCAAGUGGAACAGUGUGUUUGACCAGCUGACGCAGGUGGUGAAGGGCGACCCACCACAGCUCAGCAGCUCCGAGGAGAGACAGUUCUCCCCCAAGUUCAUCAACUUCGUCAACCUGUGCCUUACAAAGGACGAGUCAAAAAGGCCAAAGUACAAAGAGCUUCUGAAACAUGCGUUCAUCCAGAUGUACGAGGAGCGCUCGGUGGACGUGGCCACUUACGUCUGCAGGAUCCUGGAUCAGAUGCCACCGUCUCCCAGCUCCCCGAUGUACGUGGACUGACACACACACACACACAUAAACACACGCACACACACACAUCUGAACGUCCACACGCUGUCUACAGAUCUGCUUCAUCACACAACUGCAGUAUUAAACCAGGAAAUGAGCAUCUGA